UGAUUUGAAGAUAGAAACAUUUAUCUUCUCAAAAUACUUAAAAUCAUUUUUGUGGUUCCUUGUUUUGCUUUGUAGAUUUCAGAAAUGGAGAUUGGCCUAGCAGUUGGUGGUGCAUUUCUCUCUUCAGCUUUGAACGUUCUCUUUGAUAGGCUUGCUCCUCAGGGUGAUCUGCUCAAGAUGUUUCAGAAGAAUAAGCAUGAUGUUCGACUCUUAAAGAAGCUGAAAAUGACUUUGGUUGGCCUUCAGGCUGUGUUAAGUGACGCAGAGAAUAAGCAGGCAUCAAAUCAACAUGUGAGCCAGUGGCUUAAUGAACUUCGAGAUGCUGUGCACGGCGCUGAAAACUUAAUGGAACAAGUCAACUAUGAGGCUUUGAGGCUUAAGGUGGAAGGUCGGCAUCAAAAUCUUGCAGAAACAAGCAACCAGCAAGUAAGUGUCCUCAGCCUGAGCUUGAGUGAUGAUUUCUUUCUUAACAUAGAAGAGAAGUUGGAAGACACCAUUAGAAAAUUGGAGAUGUUGGAAAAGCAAAUCGGUUGCCUUGGCUUACAGAAGUAUUUCGAUUCGGGUAAGAAACUAGAAAUUAGAACACCGUCAACUUCUGUGGUUGAUGAAUCUGAAAUCUUUGGUAGGGAGAUUGAAAUAGAUCGAUUGAUUGACUGUUUAUUGUCUAAUGAUGCGAAUGGAAAAAAUCUGACUGUUGUUCCUAUUGUUGGAAUGGGGGGCCUGGGCAAGACAACACUUGCUAAAGCUGCCUACAACGAUAAGAUGGUGACAGAUCAUUUUGAAUUGAAAGCUUGGACCUGUGUGUCUGAGCCGUAUGAUGCUUUGAGAAUAUCAAAAGAGUUACUUCAAGAAAUUGAUUCAUUUGACUUGAAGGAUGACAAUAAUCUUAAUCGGGUACAAGUCAGAUUGAAGGAAAAACUAAAUGGAAAAAGGUUUCUCAUUGUUCUGGAUGAUAUGUGGAAUGACAACUACGAAAAGUGGGAUGGAUUGAGAAAUCUUUUUGUACAAGGAGCUACGGGAAGUAAGAUCAUUGUAACUACACGUAAGAAGGAUGUUGCCAGGAUGAUGGGUAGUGGGGCAGUCAAUGUGGGGACUCUGUCUAGUGAAGCCUCUUGGGCUUUAUUCAAACGACAUUCUCUAGAAAACAGGGAUCCUGUGAAGGGACAUCCAGAACUUGAAGAGGUUGGAAAACAAAUUGCAGACAAGUGCAAAGGAUUGCCUUUAGCUUUAAAGGCACUUGCUGGUAGUUUACGCUGCAAAUCAGAGGUGGUUGAGUGGAAAGACAUUUUAAGAAGUGAAAUAUGGGAGCAGACUUUGAAUGAUGUAUUACCAGCAGUGAUGUUGAGCUACAAUGAUCUUCCUGUACAUUUGAAGCAAUGUUUUGCUUUUUGUGCUAUAUAUCCCAAAGAUUAUCAAUUUUGCAAAGAGAAAGUUAUUCACCUGUGGAUUGCUAAUGGUCUUGUACAACAGCUGCAUUCUGGUAACCAAUACUUUAACGAGUUGAGAUCAAGAUCAUUGUUCGAAAGGGUCCCAGAGUCUUCUGAAAGAGAUGGAGGGAAAUUCUUAAUGCAUGACCUUGUCAAUGAUUUGGCCCAAAAUGCAUCUUCAAACUCUUGUGUCAGGUUGGAAGAGUGCCAAGGGUCUCAUACGUUGGAACAAAGUCGGCAUAUGUCGUAUUCAAUGGGAGAAGAUGAUGACUUUGAGAAGUUGAAACCGCUCUCUAAGUCAGAGCAGCUGAGGACAUUGCUUCCAAUCAAUAUCCAGGAACUUUACCGCCAUAAGCUAAGCAAGAGGGUGCUGCAUAACAUACUGCCAAGUCGAAGAUCCUUAAGAGCAUUAUCAUUGUCAGAUUAUGCGAUUGUGGAGCUGCCAAAUGACUUGUUUAUCAAAUUAAAGCUAUUGAGAUUUUUGGACCUUUCUCGGACAGAUAUUAAAAAGUUUCCAGAUUCCAUAUGUGCAUUGUAUAACUUGGAGAUACUUCUCCUGUCUUCUUGUACAUAUCUUGAGGAGCUACCGCUGCAGAUGGAAAAGCUAAUCAACUUGCGGCACCUUGACAUAAGCAACACUUCUCGCUUGAACAUGCCGCUACAUCUGAGCAAGUUGAAAAUCCUCAAAGUGCUAAUGGGAGCCAAGUUUCUUCUAGGUGGUUGGAGAGUGGAAGAUUUGGGUGGAGCACAUAACUUGAAUGGAUGUCUAUCAAUUUUAGCGUUGGAAAAUGUGGUUGAUAGAAGGGAAGCUCGGAAGGCAAACAUGAGGGGGAAGAAUCUUGUUGAGAAGUUGUCGUUGGAUUGGAGUAAAAGUGACGCUGACAAUUCUCAAACUGAAAGAGACAUACUUGAUGAGCUACGCCCACACACAAACAUAAAAGAACUCCAAAUCUCCAGAUAUAGAGGGACACUAUUUCCAAAUUGGCUAGCUGAUCAUUCGUUUCUUAAGCUAAUGAAAUUGUCUCUUAGCAAUUGCAACGACUGUAUUUCCUUGCCAGCACUAGGACAACUUCCUUCUUUGAAAUUCCUUUCCAUUAGAGCGAUGCAUCGAAUAACAGAGAUAACGGAGGAAUUCUAUGGUAUUGUGUCCUCCAGAAAGCCUUUUAUCUCUCUUGAGGUGCUUGAUUUUGCAGAGAUGCCUGAGUGGAAGCAGUGGCACGUACUAGGGAACGAAGAGUUUCCUGCACUUCAGGACCUUUCAAUAGUGCAUUGUCCCAAGUUGUUUGGGAACUUCCCCGAGAAUCUCUGA